CGGUAAUACGCAUACUAAGAAUGUACAGUACCACUUUUCACUACUAUCUGCUUUGUACUUAUAUCGGCCGACGUGCGAGUUCAGCAGUUCACAGUCUGUCCAUUCACAGCUGAGUUCUUUGUGCACUUAGCCAUUCAAUACUUCUACACGGGUUGCCUCCAUUUUUGAGUUUACCAGCUACGGUGGGGACCCGAGCCGGGGACGUCGCUCGGCCAGACAUGCAAACCCAGGUCCUCAGCAGAGCGCUCAACACGCACAACUACAAAAAGGAUGUUGUGGAAACAGGCGGCGGUCGCGACAAGAACCCAUCCAAUAUCCUUGGAAAGGCUCAAGACUCCCUGUUUUCCUCUAAAACAGGCCUUCGCCUCUUUCGCGGAGGUUCGCAGCAUGACAUUGGCGCCCUCACAGCAGCCGAUGAAACUGAAACACUCGACCUCCGGGAUCCCAGCUGGACCAACAGCAACAACCUAACUAACAACAGCAACCUCAUCAGAGCCAGCGCCAAUAGCAGCAGCAGCAUGGGCCUGGGCCCCAUGCUCGGCGGCGCUGCGGCCAGCGGCGGCUCCUUCCUAGCCAUCGGCGGCGGCGGCGGCGGGUCCCCUGCUGCUGCCGCCGCCGGCAGUACUGCUGCUGGCGGGGGCGGCGCUGCAGCAGCUGAGAGCAGCCUGCGUGUGGGCAAGGUCCGGCGGUCCAGCAUGACCACCUACACCAUCAACUUGGGAGGAGGCAUGGGGGGACAGGUGGAGAGGGAGGUCCGGCGACUAGCGGGCCUCAACGCCUUCGCGCGCCCCAGCCAAGCGGAGGUACCAGUUGCCCACGCCACCUCCUUCGAUGAAGUGCAGGAGAUGGGCGCGGACAGCCUGCACGGCGCCAGCAGCAUCGGCGACGAGUGCAACGGCCUGGCAGACGGCGGCGGCUACGGUGCUGGCGGCGGCGCCGCUGCCGCCACUGGCCGUGGCGGCGCCGGCGGCGGCGCAGCGCGACAGGCGUUUGGAAGCCCCCAUGGGAGCAGCCUCCUGAGCGAUCCUGUGAACCCGGACAGCAGCACUGGUGGUGGAGGAGGUGGUGGUGGGUGCGGGAGUAGCAGCAGUACAGGUGUGGUGGUGAGUCUUGUCGCGCGCAGGAGCAGUGUCGGCAGCAGCGUCGGCGGCGGGGGUUACGGCAGCAGUGGCGGCGCAGGCGGCGGCGACGCGGGCGCGACGUCAAUGGAGAUCUGUGAUUUUGAGCAUCCUGCCAGUCCGAGGUCGCCCGCACCGCUGCCCAGUGUAGAGCUCCGAACGCAGCGACUGAAUCGGCUUCCGUCGUCAACCCAUAUCAGCCUUGGCGGCGCUGGCGCUGGCGGCGGCGGCGGAAACGGCAGUCCGACGGCGCUGCAAGGAGGAGGUUUGGGCCUGAUGCGCGACAGGAAAGGAGGGGCUUUCGGCGGCGGGGCGCCGCUGCGCGCCGUGUCGACGGAUUGCGGCAUUGGCGGCGGCGGCAGCGGUCUGACGUCACCCUCAGUGGCGGCGACGGCGGCGGCAAGUACGACAGCAGGGGGCUCUGCGAGCAGUUUGCCGAAGCUGCCGUUACUACAGAUGGGCGCCGGGCCUAGUCGGGCUUCAUCGUCUAACGUGACGGUACCCCCGUCCAACGGUUCCGCAAGUCCCCUCACUCACCUCAGCCCGCUGUCGGGCGUUAUGGCAGCUGCUGUCGCGGCCGCGGCCGCGGGCUCGGACUCCCGCUCAAAUAGCGGCAGGUUGGUGCUGCCCCCCAGCAUUGAGACCCGUGGGUCGGGCCCGUUGGAGCCCAUCACUGCAUUGGGUGCCGUUGGUGGCGGCGGCGCAGCUGAUGUCAGCUCAGGCAUCAUCAUUGGAGGCGGUGGCGGCGGCGCCGUGGGUACGGGGGCCGGCGGCGGCGGACGGUGGUUCCAACAGGAAGCGGAAGACCUGCAUGAUAUGUUGUACGGCAGCGGCGCCGUCAGCGGCGGCGUCGGCGGAAGCGGAAACGCCGUGGAUGAGACACUUCUCAGCCUCAUGUCAGCGUCCUCCUCAACCGCUCUCGCCGCUUCCGGCCCAACCGCCACAACCACCGCAGUAACAACCGCCUUCUCUCGGGGUCUUACGGCGGCGAGCAACGUCGACGAGGUAGUUGACGUUGGCGUUGACGAUGACGUCACCACCACCACCACUGAGGUGACGCCCAUCGGCGGCGGCGACACCUCCGCCGCCGCCGCCGCCGCCUUCUCCCUGCCCCGCCUUUCGGACCUGCUCCCCGAGAAAGCUGCAGCGACGUUGCAGGAGUUGCGGAGGUUCCAGGCGACGUUGGAUGACCAUGUGGCACGGGAGAGGCAGGCCAUGGCGGCGGGGAGGGUGCGGAGGACGAGUGUGCUGGAGGAUGCUGUUGGGUCACACCAGCCGAGGUGGCAGUCGGCGUAUAACUCGGACGUGUCGCUCAACGGCAAACUAGCUCUGGUGGACGCCGUACGACGCACGGAGCCGCCGCCUCCCGCUGACCGCAGUAACGCCCACCUGAGCAAGCUGUCCAAGGACGGUCGGGCGGCAGCCGGGCAAGGCGGCGGCGGGGGUGGCGGCGGGCGCAGCAGCAGCAGCGGCGGCGGGGGUCUCCUCAGCGGUGGUGGUGGUGGUAGUGGUGGUGGGGUGCUUCCAGCUGCGGCGGCGGUGUCACCCGUUGUUGCGCGAGCUAGGCGCCUGUCGACAGUGACAGCGGCGUGAUUUGAGCAGCCUGCAUUGCAUAAAGCAGGAGGCAGCAGGGUGUAUGUGGCAGCAGGAUAUGCGCCGAAGGAAGGGGUUGCAUGUGCGGAAGAAGGUGAACCGGGAGCAAUGGAAGCACCUUGUUAGGCUUCUCCGCACGAGGCUAAGAGGAGUGUUUGAAUGGAUUGGAUUGGAUGUGCAUGCAUGCAGCGGGAGGCUUCUGGUUCGCGCGCCCUGCCUGGUUCAAUCAAUCUGGGGUUUGUCCUUCUUCGUUUUAGCGUACCCUAACGCUGGUGAUGUGGAUGAUUACCAAGGUGCCAAAAGCCCGGAACAGGCUGGGGAUGAGGGCAUUAAUUCUACUGAGAAAAAAAAGCGGAGGAGUUAUUGAAGCAAAGGUGAAGAGGUUAAUUAACUAUAAGAGGGGGAAACGCGGAGCUAUGGUAAAUUCAGAAGCAUGUGCUUGACAAAGGGUUGUGUCACGUUCAACAUUUAUGGGUUGCUUGGGCUAAUGGAAAUGGCUUGGGCUAAUGGAAUUAUGGAAUUAUGGAAUUUUUGGGUAAAAGCUAGCACCCCAGGCGAACUGGGCGUUUUGCUGUUCAGGGGGUACCCCUGCUGAGACCGUAUGCAUCCUUUUGCUUGUGAGGUUAGGGGUUGGACGAACCACCGGUUUGGGUUCGGUCGCGGUUGUUUGUGAAGCGCUGGUGCAAAGCACACAUUACAUUCGUGUGCUUGCUUGGGUGGCGUAAGUGUUCCAAUAACGGUAUGCAACUGCCAAACAGGAGGGAGUGAUGGUGCCGCGGAGAUAGACACGCGUGUGUGUGUGUUUUUGUGUGCUGCUGGCCCUGCUUGAACUUGCAUCCUCGAUGAAUCGGCUUGUGCACUAACAACAACGCAAAGGAAGCAAGAAGUCCUUGUCAGUUGUAUAUCUGGUUUAACCUGGUUAUUUGUUUAUGACUGGUUUAUUUGCCCUGCCACCGGAGGUACCUAGCGUCUUGUGGUUGUUAACGGUAGGUGUUCGUGACAUGAAGCAGCGCCCAAGGAUUGAUCACGAGACAUGGGCGGUGUGUUUAGAAAAUCUGGUCGCUAGUCGGGACGUAUUGCUGUGAUUGCCCGAAGAUGCGGUGUACGAUUGAUGCUUGAGAUGCUGCUUGAUUGCGCUGGGCGAACUGAUCACUUUCGCCACUUAACAUUUGCACUUUAUGUGAUGUGAUGAGAGAACUACCAUAAAAAAGGUAAGAGAGGUGUAUCCGCGCGGCACCUGGCGGCAUGCCUACCGGUGCUUGUAUGAAAAGUAGCAUUGAGUAUUCAUUGUUGUGUUUGAAGCCUCCCGUGAUGACUGUGGAUGGACAACAACGGGCGGAUUGAGGAGAAGGGGAGGUGGGGUAAACUGUUAAGAUUCCCGCCGUGGUUUGGUGGAAGAGUAUUGGUGACGUAUUAAUUGAUGGUGCCCGGACGAGGACUUGACGAGACCCGAGCCGAGGGGAAGGGAGGUGGGGGAAGGGCUAGGGAGCAGCAGGGGAGGGCGUAAUAAGGAGGGGGUUUCAUUGCACCCUGUUUUCUCUGUAAGAUGUUUCUGGGGAUGUGUUUGUGUUUGUGUGUGUGGAGGGGGAGGCGGUGUGCGGGAAGAGAUAGAUAGGACUUGGAAGCGUGGCAGAACCCCAUAUAUACCAGAACCCGUGAUACAUUGGGUUAAUUGGUAGUGCGCGUUCUCGCCUGAAAUGGUGUUGGGUUUUGUUUUCCUCUUGCUUGCUUGGCUGUUGGCUAUCACGUCCGCCCGCUUCCGUCCUAACAGUGCACUAAACUGCGUGAUUGCUGGAGGGCCCGGUGCAUCGUAGGCUGUAAUAAUCAACCUCG